GCUGGGAUAACAUGACAAAUAUAAAAUACUUCUAUGACUUGUAACUGUACAAAUAAUAAAGAGAGCGUCUAAUAAUUGUUUUAAUAAAAUUAAAAGAGACAUUUUGCUAUCCAAUUUGCUUUUGCACAAAUAAUGGAUAUCAAAUACAAAUUUAUGAAAGAAAUUGAUUGCAAACAAGGAGCCGUCAGAUCCGUACGAUUCAGUGUCGAUGGUUCUUACUGCGUAACCUGUGGGUCAGACAGAAAAUUGAAGCUAUGGAAUCCUUACAAGGCAGUUUCCUUGAAAACUUAUGGCGGACACGGCGACGAAGUGAUGGAUGCCUCCGCGUCCUGUGACAGCAGUCAAAUUGCAUCUUGCGGAUUAGACAAGUCUGUAAUUCUCUGGGAUGUAGCAACGGGCCUACCUGUACGUCGCUUUAGGGGACAUGCAGGUCCAGUUACAACAGUAAGGUUCAACGAAGAAUCCUCAAUGAUAGUCUCUGGCUCACGUGAUAACAGUGUCAUGUGCUGGGACGGACGUUCCAAAUCGCAAGAAGCUGUACAAUGCUUGAGCGACGCUAAAGAUUCCAUCUCGAGCGUGAGAGUUUCAGAUCAUGAAAUCUUGUCCGCUUCUUUCGAUGGCAAAGUACGUACUUACGAUAUACGUGUAGGAGAGCUCUGUGCUGAUUACGUGGGAGAUGCAGUCACGUGUGCUAGUUUUACAAGAGAUGGCCAGUGUCUGGUCGUCAGUUGUGCGGACGACGUGGUCAGAUUGAUUGACAAAGAUUCUGGGGAGCUGCUUGGUGAAUUCACGGGACAUACUGGGAAAGACCUGUGCUUGGAAUCAAGCGUGGAUUAUCACGAUUCGAAGAUCCUUUCGGGUUCGGCGGACGGAAAGUUAUGGAUUUGGGAUCUCGUGUCUCAAAAAGUCGUCGCAAAACUGUCGGGAUUUAAGCCAACCAAACAUCCUACCGUAUCCAUAAGUGUUCAUCCACAGAAGAAUUGCUUCUUAGCUUCCAACGGAUCGGAUAUAUUGAUGUGGACUACUUCAGCUGAUUCGACUGAUGAAUAAUUAUUAAGAUUGUAAUAUUUGUACAUAAUUAAUAUAUUUUAGCUCUCAAACAUGAAUAUACAUGUAUUAUAAUGUAUUACAAUUUAUAUAAUAUAAUGAUACGUUUUUAUAAAAUCAAGUACUCUCUUGGACAGUUAAAUAUUAGAAUUCGCAUGCGAAAACAAGAAAUGAUAAAAAAUGCUCUUGAAUGAUAAUUAACAAGAUUUUGCUACAAUCCCUACGCAAAACCUGUUUGCACACUACACUUGUGCCGCGAAGUAACAAUGCAUAAAACGCGAUCGCGAGAAAUUUUAGACCGCCGCGCGGGCGUUUCUCAUACGACGUUCCGACAGAAGUGAGAGAGAAUAUAGGUUAAGUUGGGUCACAUCACAUAAUCGCACUGAUGUGCAUACGUAAUACGUGCAUACUACACACACAUAUACGUAUGUACUCGGCAGUUCACGCGCGCGUAUGAUGUGCGUGAAAAAGACUUUCGAGUGUGUGCAUUUUAAUGCCGGUGCGACAAGGACAGGCGCCAGUUCGCAAAAUAAGAUGAGAGCGGAUGGGAGGGAAGAACAUGCGCGCGCAGGUGGCGCGAUCAUUCGGUACGUCAGAGUCAUUGGUCACCGGUAACGCGAGAGCGAAGGAGAGGGAAAUCGUUUUGCGCGGAGGAUGGAGCGCGACAGAGCGCAAUAGCAGAAAGCAAAAGAAACCGACCGAAGUGCAGUGCCGGAUUAAAGAAGUCGGGCGAAUUGCUUUCGAUACUUUUCAUCACGGGUAAAAGCUUGCAUUUAAAAAGGCAUUGAAGGCUUAACGAGUGCAUUAUCACUUUUAAAAUUAACAGCAUUGAGUAGAAAUAUAAAGUUCUGAGAUUUCCACAAAGUCUCGAAAUUUCCUAGACGCAAAAUCGUAUUGAAUUCUCUAUAUCGCGCAAAAGGUCAAAGAAACUCGGACUCGAAGCUAAUGCGUGUCUACCCGUGAGUAUUAUGGGCACGUGAUGGUGCUUGUUUAAUGCUAACUUGUAAACAAGUGAAAAGCUGCACGAGAAUAUUUUUCCUCGUACUCGUAACAUCGAAAAUUGGACUCGUUGCUGCGCGGUGUGUCGGCUCGGACGGCUCGGGAACCGUCCAACGUCCCGUUAUUUUCGGUGUCUACUGUUCGGAAACAAAAAUAUCGAAUUUUCGCGUUGCGAGUCGCCCCGAGAUUUCCGGGCGCUGAUGCCUCACGCGCUCGCGCGGCGGUCCGCCACUGCCGAAUCGACGCAGUAAGCAAGAGAGACGGGCAAGAGGGAGUAGGAUGGAUAUACCUCAUGAGACACACGAAGAUAUCCGCAGACGGGGCGGGCCGGUCAGUCUCGCCACUUCGUGAGGUGUGUUUUUUGCCGCGUGUAGCCGCGAAGAAGAGAGUGAACGAUACACGGAAAAGGACGGAGGACAAAACGGAGGAGGUUAGGG